CAUAAUAAAUAUUCCAUACUUAUAUAUACAGACAGACACUCAGACUUCCACUAAUUAAUCGUGCUCCCUCUCCUUCCUGUGCUGCUCAUCCUUGUCGGCGAUUGAGGGAAAACAGAGAGACUCCAGUCUGCUAUCCAUGGUGACUAAAGGUAUGGCUAUAGCCACCCAGACAACUUCAUCUUAAUUAAGUGUUCUGAGUGCAGUCUCCCUAUCCUAUUAACCCUGCAAUGUAAAACAAUGCGUUUUUUUUUAGAAACUGCAAUGUUUACAUUAAACAGUAAAAUCCACCUCUAGUCACUGUCAGUAUGACAAUGUUAAAAACAAUUAAAUAAAUAAAAAAUAUACUACGAUUCCUUGUUUGAAGUAGCAAACUGCUACCCCCUCUAGAAGUCCCCUUGCUCCAAUGGAUCCACUGAGGCCCCAAUAUGGAGGGGUAGUUCGGCCACCAAUGAGUGCCGCUUAGGAGUGGGCCCCUUGUUAUUUUGGCAUGAAAGAUGGUGAAUGUAAAAUUUGAGUCCUCUUUGUUGCAGGAAAUGGUUUUGAGGUUGCGUCCAAUUUGCUGUGGAGAUAUCUGACCUGGUUCAGUCACGUUGUUUAUAAAAGUGCAUAUAAAAUGUCCAUUAAACAUUAGCAAUACAAUAAUGAUUCUGUGCUCAUGUGAACAUAGCAUAAUUAAACUGCAGCAAAAACAUGUGACUAUAGCAGCUAGCUUUUUUAUGAUUGUAUAACUGAAGGUAGGCAAUAUGAGGGCCUAAGAUUUAAUGUUAUGGUAGUUUACGGUAAGGGAGUGUUUAGGUUUAAAUUGAAGCCUUGUAUAGUAGGUAUUUUGGGGAUAAUUACACAAGGUUCAAUAUGGCAAGUUUAAUAAUAUUUGCAUUUUGAUUUCUGUUGUUUUUUUAUGCCAGUACAUGUACUUCAGCAGCCAAUAUCUGCUUCCUAAUGCUUCUUGGAACCGACAUUCUAACACUAUCCUUUCCAUCUGUCUGUUAACUGGAUAUUGUUGAGUGUUUUUAUUGUGUGCAGCCAAAUUUUACAGUUUUCCUGCAUUCCUCUUAUGGGUGACACGAGGCUCAGGAUAUACAAAAAAAAAAGUUAUUUACAUUUGAAGGGGAAAUAAAAAAGCUGGCCAAACAUUGAAUCCAUGGCAGUGCAAGACAGGGCUGCCAGUGGAGUCCAUAGGACAAAUAUCUUCUAGAUUGUAUUUUGCACCAGUUGCUUUGUCAGAAGGGCUUCAAAACUUAAAUAUUAAUUACUAUAUUCCACUUGUUUGCAGUACAGAAGACAAAAUAUAGAAACACAAUGCUGAACAUGUUUUGUGCCAUAAGGUGUUUUAUCAACAGCUGUCGACAAAUAGUCUUGAGGCAAAAUAAUGAUGUAUGUUUUUAUGAAUAAAAGAACUACUAGGACUACUGAACUGGAAAGUCUGAGAAGAUGGCAGAACACCGUGGAAGGCUGGCAUUUAACACACAGAGUAGGGACCUGUGGCACGUCUAUCAGGCAUGUGCCUGUUGGGAAACCUUGUCCUCGUCAAUCCCUAUAGACCUAGAUGAGAUGCUCCAGAUUUUGCCCAUGAAUCCAUUUGGUUUUUAUUUAGUUUCAUUAUUCAAGUGAUUUGUUCAUUUAUCUUUUGGACAAAUAGUUUUAAAAAUAGUUUUAACAAUAUAUAUAUACCACAACAAGAAGACAUAGUCUUAAAUUAGAGGGGCAAAGGUUUACAAAUAAUAUCAUGAAGUAUUACUUUACUGAGAGGUUAGUGGAUGCAUAGAAUAGCCUUCCAGCUGAAGUGGUAGAGGUUAACACUGUAAAGGAGUUUAAGCAUGCGUGGGAUAGGCAUAAGGCUAUCCUAACUAUAAGAUAAGGCUAGGGACUAAUGAAAGUAUUUAGAAAAUUGGGCAGACUAGAUGGGCCGAAUGGUUCUUAUCUGCCGUCACAUUCUAUGUUUCUAUAUUAAUUGCAGAACACAUUCAGAAAGCUUACUUAAUCCUUUAACGGUUUUCUCUAUUUCAGCUACCCAUUGUAGCAUCUUCCAUAGUUUCUUUGUACUUCCUGGAGCUGACAGAUAUAUUCCGUCCAGCGCAAGGCGGGUUCCAGUGCCAUGACCGUUCACUCUCCAUGCCAUAUGUCGAGAGCAAUGAGGAACUGAUUCCGCUUCUCAUGUUGCUUAGUCUUGCAUUUGCUGCCCCUGCUGCAUCUGUGAGUAAAUUAUCAAAAUGCCAUGGUGGUGUAGAGGAGGGAGGCUAGAUACUCUUUAUUCGCAAAUCUUUCUAUCUUCCCAUUAGAUUAUGAUUGGCGAAGGAGUCCUAUACUGUAUUCAGUCCAAACUCAAGGGUCGUGGAAGUUCUGAGGGAAGUAUCAACGCAGGAGGCUGCAAUUUCAAUUCUUUUCUACGCAGAACAGUGCGUUUUGUGGGUAAGUGACAUGGGAGUAAGUGGGGAAAAAGUGAUUGUGUGCAUUGUCCUUAAAAUAUCAACUUUUCUGCACAUACCUAGGUGUCCAUGUCUUCGGGCUGUGUGCCACUGCCUUGGUCACUGACGUAAUUCAGCUAGCUACCGGAUACCAUGCUCCAUUUUUCCUAACCGUUUGCAAACCUAACUAUACCCGGCUUGGAACAUCUUGUGCCUCUAACCCAUAUAUUACCCAGGACAUCUGCACUGGCAAUGACCAGCAAGCCAUCCUGUCUGCAAGGUAAAUUUGUCACUUAUUUCAAUAGUUUUCUCAAUAAAUAACAACAAGUUCUAUGGUGGAA